AUGUCUUCCGCCCCCCUCUCAGGCAAAGUCGCCGUGAUCACUGGAGGCACGAAAGGCAUUGGCGCAAGCACAGCAACACUUCUAGUCAAACUCGGAGCCAAAGUCGUGGUCAACUACGGCCGUGACAGCGCCGCGGCGGAGAAAAUCGUCUCGCAACUCGGCAGCGACAAAGCAUAUGCUGUUCAAGCCGACGCAGGGACGAUCGCUGGCGUCGAACAACUGGUGAAAGCCACAGUCGAAAAGUUCGGGCAGAUCGACAUCCUGAUCCCCAACGCGGGGAUCCUGCCCAUGAAGACGGUCGAGUCAUGCACGGAAGAGGACUUUGACAGGACGUUCAGCCUCAACGUCAAGGGGCCCUUCUUCCUCGUGCAAAAGGCCCUACCUUACAUGGCGCGGGGAAGCAGUAUCGUGCUCAUCUCCACGACCCUCUGCCACGCUUCGACCGUCAACGGGCCCUAUACUCUCUACUGCGCGACAAAGGGCUCCAUAGAACAACUCACCCGCCUGCUCUCCAAGGACCUGCUCGCCAGCAAAGGCAUCAGGGUGAACGCGGUCGCGCCAGGCCCCACGGCUACAGACCUCUUCCUCGAGGGUAAGAGCCCACAGGUGCUCCAGAUGCUCGCAAGCUUCCACCCGGCCAACCGCAUCGGCAAGCCUGAGGAGAUCGCCGAGGCCAUCGCAUUCCUGUGCGGCCAGGGAGCCGAGUGGGUGAGCGGGCAGACCAUCAGGGUGAACGGCGGCAUGGCCUAG